GGGAGCAGUUAAGGGCAAGUAGAACCAAUGAAAUGUCGGAAGUGAUAUGUACCAAAUCCUAGCACGUGGAUUGUUCUAAACUUAACGCCUUCCAGUCAUCAAAAAGCCGAAAAUUUUUGUAGAUUUCAUAUGUAAUUAUAAUUAUAUAGUCUAGAGAAUAAAGACAACUUCUGUGGUUGUUGUCGGACGUAUACUUACUAAAGUCUCUUCUUCUUCUAAAGUCUUGCUGUGCCAGAAGCAGGGAAAGCGGGUUCUUUGAAUCCGAGAGCGGCAACUUUCGUACCUGGAAGUGGAGCUACGGCCUUUGAAGUGGUGGGAGAGUCAGGUUUACCACAGAUGCCAAUCCAACAAGGACCACAAGUGCCGCUGAUGAUACCGGUACCACCAGUGUCUGUUCCGGG